AUGCGCUUCAUGCUGCUCUUCAGCCGGCAAGGGAAGCUGCGCCUCCAGAAGUGGUACCUGGCCACCUCCGACCGGGACAAGAAGAAGACGGUCCGGGAGCUGAUGCAGGUGGUGCUGGCACGCAAGCCCAAGAUGUGCAGCUUCCUGGAAUGGCGGGACCUGAAGGUGGUCUACAAAAGGUAUGCCAGCUUGUACUUCUGCUGUGCCAUUGAGGGGCAGGACAACGAGCUGAUCACUCUGGAACUCAUCCAUCGAUACGUGGAGCUGCUAGACAAAUACUUUGGCAGUGUGUGUGAACUGGACAUCAUUUUCAACUUCGAAAAGGCCUACUUCAUCCUGGACGAGUUCCUGAUGGGAGGGGAGGUGCAGGACACUUCCAAGAAGAGCGUCUUGAAAGCCAUUGAGCAGGCAGACCUCCUGCAGGAGGAGGACGAGUCUCCCCGGAGCGUGUUGGAGGAGAUGGGGCUGGCGUAGUGGGGCUCCCUUCAGAACCUCAGGCUGUCUUCCCUCGCCACCCUGCCCCUCCCCUUCCUCCACUGCCCCUCAAGCUCUGCGAAUGCCGACUCGCGAGGCUCCGGCAGGUGGGCAGCUGGACUCUGCAGCCCCCGACUCGGGGACGGGAUCCAGGGUAGUUUGCAUCAUGAUCCCGGAUGGCGGUAGUGAAAGGACCUUCUCGCGACUUCCUUCAUCGCCCAGUUGUCGGUUCCUGCCCCCUUUCACACCUGCAGUGUCGCCCUCCGACAGAGCCCACGGCACCCGCCUUCUCUCCCACCCCUGGGGGGGGCAUCAGGAGGCUCCGAGGUCACCAUAGAAACAGCAGCUUCCUUGCCCCCGAAGGCUGCCCUCCGGGUGCUGGAGGUGUGUGUG